AUGGCCCAGCCCCAGCUCAAGCUCACGUACUUCGACGGCAAGGCCCCGACGCUGCCCUUCGGCCAGGUGCCUGUCCUCGAGGUGGAUGACACGGUCUACGCGCAGAGCAUGGCUAUCGUUCGCUACGCCGCCAAGAUCGCCGGCCUGUACCCGACCGACGCGCUCGAGGCGUUGAAGGUCGACGUGUUCUCGUGCUCGCUGUGCGAAAUCGAGACUCCCUUUGUGGACUUCAUGUUCCUGACUCGGGACGAGACCGUGAAGGCGCAGAAGAAGAAGGUGUUCAUCGAAGAGACGGUGCCCAAGUUCCUUGCCACGCUCGAGAAGAUGGCGGCUGGUAGAUUCAUCCUCGGAGACAAGCUGUCGUAUGCUGACUUGCAGUUCCUCGAUGUUGUGGACAACAAGAUUAAGUGGGCGUUCCCGGAUUUCAAGGUGGACGCUUUCCCCAAGAUCGCCGCUCUGCUGAGCAGCGUCAAGGUGGAGCCCAAGGUCGCCGCCUAUUUGUCGAAGCAGUAG